AUGCCCACAAUACUCCUCGGAAUCGCUCUUGCCAUAGGAGUGACUGUAGUGUGUGCUGUUGUAGGAGUUUUCUUCAAAAAGUUGAAGAGGGAUUUAGUUUCCCAGGUGGAUUUAACCAUCGAAGUCUCCGCACCUAUAGCGGAGCCGACUCUCGCUGCCGAAGCGGAGGGAGACACUCCAUGCCAGGAGCCAACGACUCUCGCUGCCGAAGCGGAGGAAGACACUCCAUGCCAGGAGCCAACGACUCUCGCUGCCGAAGCGGAGGAAGACACUCCAUGCCAGGAGCCAACGACUCUCGCUGCCGAAGCGGAGGAAGACACUCCAUGCCAGGAGCCAACGACUCUCGCUGCCGAAGCGGAGGAAGACACUCCAUGCCAGGAGCCAACGACUCUCGCUGCCGAAGCGGAGGAAGACACUCCAUGCCAGGAGCCAACGACUCUCGCUGCCGAAGCGGAGGAAGACACUCCAUGCCAGGAGCCAACGACUCUCGCUGCCGAAGCGGAGGAAGACGCUCCAUGCCAGGAGCCAACGACUCUCUCUGCCGAAGCGGAGGAAGACACUCCAUGCCAGGAGCCAACGACUCUCGCUGCCGAAGCGGAGGAAGACACUCCAUGCCAGGAGCCAACGACUCUCGCUGCCGAAGCGGAGGAAGACACUCCAUGCCAGGAGCCAACGACUCUCGCUGCCGAAGCGGAGGAAGACACUCCAUGCCAGGAGCCAACGACUCUCUCUGCCGAAGCGGAGGAAGACGCUCCAUGCCAGGAGCCAACGACUCUCUCUGCUGGAGCGGAGGGAUACACUCAAUGCCAUGAGCCAACGACUCUCUUUGCUGGAGCGGAGGGAUACACUCCAUGUCAUGUGCCAACGACUCUCGAUGUUUAA